CAGCAGUUCCCCUCACGUCCAAAUAUAUCAUACCGCCACAAUGCCGCCUUACGACAGUGAUUCCUCGGAUGAAGGCGAAGAUUACACUGAAACCAAUGUCCUCCUAGGCUAUGUCACCAACGAACCGACUAGCGACAAAUCACAUCUUGGUGGAACACCAACAUGGAUUGACGACAAAACAGCUCCGUCAGGUGCCUUUGCGAAGUGCAAAGUAUGCAAUGGCCUCAUGACUCUCUUGCUGGAACUCGAUGGCAACCUCCCUGAACAGUUUCCCGGCCACGAAAGACGGCUUUACAUCUGGGCGUGCAAGCGCAAGGCAUGUAGGAGAAAAGACGGCAGUGUAAGAGGCAUACGCGGCGUACGGAUAGCCAAGGGAGCCGGAAGCCGAGCGGUCGCACCCAAGUCCGAGCCCAAGCCUGAGAAACAGGAAGAGCCGAAACCCAUGCCACAGAUCGGUGGUUCUCUCUUCGGCGUCAAGGACUUAGGCACUCCAGCGGCAGCCGCAAAUCUCUUCUCGAAUCCCUUUUCCAUUGGUGCAAGCGGGAAAGCACCUGCAAACCCCUUCUCCUCUCCCAAGGCUACUGUCAAUCCCUUCUCAACAUCCACUCCCUCAACGAACAACCCUGUGCCAGAAGCCUCCCCCUCAACGUCCUCAUCCCAACUUCCUCCAAGCGGCGAGCACAACGAACCCUCCAAGUCCGACUCGACCACGUCCUCUCUCCCAGAAACCUUCGCUUCCAAAGUCCGCCUGAACUCACCCCCAACAACACCCUCUCCAACUCCCCGGCCCCACGAACCUUGGCCGACCCUCUCUUCCUUCCCCCAACCCUACCCCUCUUAUGCUCUAGACGCAGAAUACGAGACCCUCGACGCCCCCUCGAGCCUUCCCAUCCCCGCUCAAGCCCGCAUGGACAUCGACGCCGAGGGCUCCAGCUCCUCCGGCGGAGGCGGCAAAGAAGACAAAGAAAUCUUCGAGAGCACGUUAGACAAAACGUUUCAGAAAUUUGCGGACCGCGUCGGGCAGAAUGCGGAGCAAGUGAUUCGGUAUGAGUUUGGAGGGAAGCCGUUGUUGUAUAGCGACCAGGAUGCGGUGGGGAAGAUGCUCGCGGCGCACGCGGACAACGCGUCGUCCAACGCGAAGGUCACGACGGCGGGGAGUAGGAAUGGUAGUGGGAUGCCUAGAUGCGCGAAUUGUGGGGCGGAGAGGGUGUUCGAGGUGCAGCUUAUGCCGCAUGCGAUUACGGAGCUGGAGGCGGACGAGAUGAGCAUUGAGGGCAUGGAAUGGGGCACGAUUAUCCUUGGGGUGUGUUCGAGGGAUUGUAAGCCGCAGGAUGUGGCGGAAGGGGAAGUAGGGUAUUUGGAGGAGUGGGUGGGAGUGCAGUGGGAAGAGGUGGCUUCGAAGAGGUAGGAGAUGUCUGUUGGCGUGGGAAGUGAACACCACAUUUUGCAUAACUUGGCAAUAUACACUUCAAUUUCGCGGGCUUACUUUUUCGUAAGCUAAGUCACG